UAUCCCGGAGUCGCUGGAAUACGAAGAGCUGUCAGUACGCUAUGGAAGAAGUUACAAGAGGGUGAAACCACGGAUCAAUACCUUGUUUUUCAGCCUGUCACAGUGAAUGAGCUUGACAAAAUUGACAAUCAGCGCUCCGAAGUUGGGAAAGGCAUACGGUUGACUCACUGUGCGGAUAUUGAGACGUUGAUAAUUAAAGUGCCCACGGCAGCUCACGAGGUGGUGGCUAGGGGUUUCGGGAUCGAUCUGGCGAUACGGUGCAGCCAGAUGGGAGUACCACGUCGAGAAUACACCUCGGUUGGUUCAACGAGAUUUACAGGAACUUCAACGUCCAAGGAAGCCGACGAAGUCUUUAAGCCUGCUACCCUCCGGCCACAUACGCUAGAUUGGCCGACACUUGUCCUCGAGGUCGGCGUCUCAGAGUCAUUACUGAAGCUCAGAAAUGAUGCGAGGUGGUGGCUCAGCAAUUCUAGGGGCCACGUGAACAUUGUUCUGAUCUUCCACAUAAAUCGAGGGACAAAAACAAUGUUGAUCGAAAAGUGGGAGACCAUACCGGCGACUGGAGGACCAGUCACUCGAUCAAAUCAGCCACCAGCACAAAUUCCGACUCAAAUACAAGCAAUCACCAUCGACCAAAACAAUGUUACUGGAGCACCAUUAACUCUGCACUUUCACGGAAUUUUUCUCCGCCAGCCUAAUCUGCCAGAACAAGACUUGGUAUUUACUGCGCAAGAUCUUCAAAAUUGGUCA